GGUAGGAGAGAAGACUAAGAAAGGAGAGAGCAAGGUGAGGAGAAACUUUCCUUGAGAUCACGUUUGAUUGGGGUGGGGGUGCGGAAUUCUGCCUGGAAAAUCUAUUAGUCCCGAUGCUUUGGCUCUCGGGAGACAAAGGAGUUCGACUCCACGGAGGAGGCCGGGACUGAUGGGAAGGAUCAUGGAACUUUAAAAGAGAAAGAAAGCUCAGAGCAGCAGCUAGAAACUUCGGCGAGAUAUGCUUCUCUGUGGCUGCUCCUGAAAAGAGGGAAAGCAGCGGCUAGAUGGAGAAGAGCAAACAUCCUCUAGGAAAGACCCUGUCGUUGCCGGCUUGGUAAAGAAAGAAAGAGAGAAGGAAGGAGAGAAAGAAAGAAAGAAAGAAAGCGAGCCUAGUGAAUCGGACGUUCCCUGGAGUGUGCUUUGUAGCAGAAAAACCGCUAGGCUGCCUGAAGCAGAUCUACAUGGAAAAGUUCUCAGACUGAAGAAAGGAUCUGAGGGAGAGACACUUCUGGAAGAAGUUUGCUGCAAAGCUAAACCCCACAAUGAACUGGGCACCAGUGGUGAGCAUAACUGUGCUGUGGGCAGCAUGGAUAGUGUGUGCUUUGGAAAAACCAUUAAGGCAAGCUGACAGAGGGAGUCCAACAGUCAGAAAAGCAUCCCUAGCCUACCAGGGCAGUACUAGCAGAUCAGCUUCACAGACAAGGAGAACCAAGGCAUCACACAGGCUUCUAAGUCCUUCUGGGAGGUUUCGCCAACGUCCCCUUGUCAAAAGAGAUUUUUUGGAGCAGAAAGGUCCACAAGCAGCUCCCCCAGAAGGUAUGUCUCAUGUCCUGACAAAGAACAGUGGCACCAAACGAGGACAAAUGAUAAGGCCUAAGCCAGAUAUGAUUAAGGAUGAAGGGACAUCCACUACAUUUCGAUCACGCACAGUGCGCUUCCCAUCUGGGCCUAGUUCUCCCAAUAUUCUGGCCAGCUUUGCUGGAAAGAACAGAGUCUGGAUCAUCUCUGCUCCUCAUGCUUCUGAUGGUUAUUACCGGCUCAUGCUGAGCUUGCUGAAGAAUGAUGUCUACUGUGAACUUGCAGAGAGGCACGUUCACCAGAUUGUCUUGUUCCAUGAGGCAGGUGAAGAAGGUGGGAAAGUCAGGAGGAUCACCCCUGAGGGAAAAAUUCUAGAGCAGCCUCUAGAUCCCAGCCUUAUUCCCAAACUCAUGAGUUUUCUGAAGCUGGAGAAAGGGAAAUUUGGCAUGGUGCUGCUGAAGAAGACACUGCAAGUAGAGGAAAGGUACCCCUACCCAGUAAGGCUAGAAGCCAUCUAUGAAAUCAUUGACCAGAGCCCCAUUAGGAAGAUUGAGAAGAUAAGGCAAAAGGGCUUCAUCCAGAAAUGCAAAGCAGCAGGAGCAGAGGGCCAGGUGGUUGAGGAAGGCAACAAUGGUAGUACUACCAGAGCAACACCAGGUGGUGGACAUAACCCGUUGGUACCAAGGAAAGAAGAAACCAGGAAAAGCAAUGUGCAGCCAACCAGGGUUAAAAUUGCGAAGAAAGUUGUAACAACUACAGUGCCACCACCUCCCGCUCCUGCAACUAGAGCCACUACCUUUCCUCCCACAACCACGACUCUCAGGCCAGUCACCAGAAUAACGACAAUAGCAAAUAGACCUGUAACAACUACCACAACUCUUCCUAUUACCCAGAGAUCCUGGACCACAAAACCACACACGUUGCUUCCCACAGUGCCUGAGGCAACCACCGCUCGGGCAACAGAGAAUUUCUCCUCUCCUGCAUGGAAAGAGAACCGCAGAGAAAGGCAUCCGGGACACACGCACAGGCAACAGACAGCUAGUAGGAGACCCAGCAAAGUCAUUAAUUAUGAUACCUACACAGAGAUACCAACAGCCACCCCAGAACACUACACUAGGGCAAGUGCUGGCAGAUAUAGAGACAACCGCACGGACAGAAAGGACUAUAACACUAGGGAGCCCAGUGUCACAAUCGGUCAACACAAACCUGCUAAAAGCAAGCCACCGAAAAAGAAAGCCCAAGACAAAAUAUUGAGCAAUGAAUAUGAAGAUAAAUAUGACUCAGGGCAUCCUGCUGUUCCUCAUUUAGAGGAAGGUGACCCUGUGGGGAAUAUCCCACCAAAGAAAGGGAAAGAUCCCAAGAAACACGAGCGCUUAGAUAAAUCUGAAAAGAAGAAGAAAGUGCGAGUUGACAAGAAAAAUGAGAAGCAAGCCAAGAAGGAUAAAGCUGAAAAGAAAAACAAGCAAGAGAAAGAGCGUAACAAGAAAAACAAGAAAGGAAGCAAAACAGAGAAUGAGGGAAUCCUGAAAACGAAUGCCAAAUCUUUUACACAGGCCUCCAGGAAAUCUGUGACGAACCUUUUGGAUUUCUUUGAAGGGAAACGAAGACUUCUGCUGAUCACAGCACCGAAGGCAGACAAUACAAUGUAUGUGCAACAGAGAGACGAAUAUCUGGAGAGCUUUUGCAAAAUGGCAACUAGAAAAAUUUCAGUCAUCACCAUCUUUGGCACCACAAACAACAGCCGCAUGAAGAUUGACCACUUCCAACUAGACAACGAGAAGCCAAUGAAGGUGGUGGAGGAUGCAGACCUUGUGGACCAACAACUCAUCAGUGAACUGAGGAAAGAAUACGGGAUGACAUACAAUGAUUUCUUCAUGGUGCUGACAGACUUGGAUAUGCGAGCCAAGCAAUACUAUGAAGUGCCCAUAGCAAUGAAGUCUGUGUUCGAUUUGAUUGAUACCUUCCAAUCACGUAUCAAAGAUAUGGAAAAGCAGAAACGUGAAGGCAUUGUCUGCAAGGAUGACAAGAAACAAUCCCUGGAAAACUUUUUGUCUAGAUUCCGAUGGAGGAGGCGGCUGCUAGUGAUAUCAGCUCCCAAUGAUGAAGACUGGGCAUAUUCACAGCAGCUUGCAGCCCUUACAGGACAAGCUUGCAAUUUUGGUCUGCGUCAUAUUACUGUCCUCAAGCUGCUAGGGCUGGGAGAGGAGAUAGGUGGAGUACUGGAACUAUACCCAAUCAAUGGGAGCUCCAGUGUGGACAGAGAAGAGCUACCUGCUCAUCUGGUGAAAGACAUCCGUAAUUAUUUCCAGAUCAGCCCUGAAUAUUUCUCCAUGCUCUUGGUUGGGAAAGAUGGGAACGUCAAAUCUUGGUACCCUUCCCCAAUGUGGUCCAUGGUGAUCGUAUAUGAUUUGAUUGACUCAAUGCAACUUCGACGACAAGAGAUGGCCAUUCAGCAGUCUCUUGGCAUGCGAUGCCCAGAAGAUGAAUAUGCAGGGUAUGGAUACCAUGGUUAUCACCAAGGGUAUCAGGAUGGUUACCAAGAUGAUUACCGUCACCAUGAAAGUUAUCACCAUGGAUACCCCUAUUGAAAUUAGCAACUUAACCUGUGCCUUCACUCAGCUUACAUCUUAAUAACCAUUCAGGCCACAACAGGCCAGACUUGGAAACCUUCUUUAUGGCCAUAUGAACAUAUUCCUUCCUGUGUUCAUUCAAGUAUUGGACGUUGGCCUUCUUUAUACAUGAAGUGAAAUAGAGCAAGCUAGUAUCAAUGAAGCCUUCUGGAAUAAAAGACUCCUUUAUAUUUCAGAACCCCUUUAAUCUGAGGGUAUGUAUGUACAGGACACCCUUUCCCCACUCCAGCAAUGAACAGUGUACUGUAGACAGGCUAGAAGCAGUACAAUAGACACUAACAUGCAUAUAAGUGCUUUUUCCUCCACCCUAAGGGGAAAAUAUUUAUUGGAAAGUUGUGAAUUUUCUUUUCUUUUUUGCUGAAGAAAAAUGUUGUAUCAUA